AAUCGCAAAACGACUGGUGAGCGAUGUUUAUGCUGAAGAAGCUAAGUUAGCUUGCUUUAGAAAAAGAAGUGCGUCGUAUUUGUUUUUUUAAAUAUGAUGUAAGUGUAGCAAGUGUUAGUUUUUAAGUCCUAAUUGAUAAAGUGAGAAAGCUUUUAAGUAGUUUAGUGGCUGAUUAACAGUUUAAACCAGUUAGCUUUAUCUAGUAGCCUGGUAUAGCGUUCAAUCGCAUUAUAAACUCGGCUUAUUGUUUAUUAAUAAAUUAAAAAUGGGCUCGUCUAAGAAGCACAAAGAGAAGGAUAAGGAUAAGGACCGGGACCCAGAGGAGCGACACCGGGAACACAAAAAGCACCGACACAAGGACCGGGAGAGGGAGAAAGAGCGCGAGAAGGAGAAAGAGAAGAGGAAGAGAUCGCGGUCCCGGGACAGGAGCAGCCGGGCGGCGGAGAAAGAGGGCAGGAGCAGGGGCGAGAAGAGUAGCGGAGAGCCGCGAGUUAAGAAGGAGAAACCGGAUCCCAGCACUGAAGAGACUGAAGAUCUGGGCCCAAAAUCAGCAGCUGGUGAUGCUUCACUCAGCAUCGAAGAGACUAAUAAGUUGAGAGCUAAACUGGGUCUGAAGCCUCUUGAACUGAAUGAGACCAAAAAAGAACUUGGGACAAAGGAGGAGCCUAUGGUGGCUGAAACGAUCAACCCUGUUCAGAUCAGAAAGCAGAAUGAGAUUAGGGAGAAGCUGGCCGCUCUUAAAGAGAAACGCUUGCUCAAUCAGAAACUUGGCAAAGUAAAGACGCUUGCAGAUGACGAUCCAUGGCUUGAUGACACUGCCGCCUGGGUGGAGAAGAGUCGCAAACUUGCCAAGGAGAAGGAGAUGGCAGAGAAGAGGGCCAAGCUUCUGGAAGAGAUGGAUGAAGAGUUUGGUGUCAGCGACUUGGUCGAAAAAGAGUUUGCACAAAGCAAAGGGGAGGCUUACAGUUCAAGGGACCUUAAAGGUCUUACCGUCCAGCACAAAAUGGAAUCCUUUAAAGAGGGCGAGACGGUCAUUUUGACUCUACAAGACAAAGGUGUUUUGGAGGAGAAGGAGGACGUGCUGGUGAACGUGAACAUUGUGGAUAAAGAGAAAGCAGAGAAGAACGUGGAGCUUAAAAAGAAGAAGCCUGAGUACAAACCUUACGACGAAGAGGAGACUGUAGACGAUAUGGUCACGUUCAAGCCAAAGACCGUAUUGUCAAAAUACGACGAGGAGAUAGAUGGUGAGAAGAAGAAGAGCUUCCGGCUGAGUGCUGGCGGUUUCGCUACGGGGGAGAGAGAGCGCGAACUGCAGGCCAUCAAAGACACGCUGCACAGCCAGGCCCAGUCCCUGGACAUGCCAGCUCUCGCUGUGGCCUCAGAGUACUACACUCCACAGGAGAUGGUGUCUUUUAAGAAAACCAAACGGCGUGUAAAGAAAAUCAGGAAGAAAGAGAAACCCCUCAAGGCUGAUGAGCUCCUCACGGACGACUCUCGCAGCACAGAUUUCGGAUCUAGGUCAAGAGGUCGGGGCAAGAAGCAGGCGGGCGAAGAAAACGAGAUUGAAGACUCUUUAAAGGAUGCAGACAGCAUUAAAACAGAAACGCUGCUGGAGUCUGAUGACGUUCGGAUGGCCGACAUGGAGUUCAGUGACGAUGAUGAGUUUGUCCCACCGGAGCCUGAAACCAUCGAAGAGGAUGAGGCUGAGCAGGAGCUCCAGAAACAACUAGAGAAACAGAGGAAGCUUAAACAGAAGCAGUUGAUGAAGGACUCGGGAGAAAAGGUAGUGGCACACCUGCAAGGGCUGGGGAAAGUUAAAGAGGAAGUCGCUGACGACAUCGACAAGAAGAACAACAUCGUCUUUAACGCCACAUCCGAGUUCUGCCGCACGCUGGGAGACAUUCCUACCUAUGGCCUGUCAGGGAACAGAGAGGACCAGGAGGACAUCAUGGACUUUGAGCAAGAGGAAGAGCGAGAUGGAGCUGGAGGCUCUGAUUCAGACAUGGAUGACAAUGUGGGCUGGAGCACCGUCAAUCUGGACGAGGAACAGAAGCAGCCAGAUUUUGCCACUGCUUCAACCACCAUUUUGGAUGAAGAGCCCAUCGUUAAUUCCGGCCUUGCGGCUGCUUUGCUGCUCUGCAAGAACAAAGGGUUGUUGGAUACUCAGGUGCAGAAGGUGGCUCGAGUGCGUGCUCCUAAAGGAGCUCUGCCAAAUGACAACUACUGCAUUGAAGAUAAGAUGGCCAUUGAUGACAAAUACAGCCGAAGAGAGGAAUACAGGGGCUUCACGCAGGACUUUAAAGAGAAAGACGGCUACAAGCCAGACGUAAAGAUCGAAUACGUGGACGAAUCUGGGCGCAAGCUCACCCCUAAAGAGGCUUUCAGACAGCUAUCUCAUCGUUUCCAUGGCAAAGGAUCUGGAAAGAUGAAGACUGAGAAAAGAAUGAAAAAACUGGAGGAGGAGGCAUUGCUGAAGAAGAUGAGCAGCAGUGAUACUCCUCUGGGUACUGUGGCCCUGCUGCAGGAGAAACAGAAAUCUCAGAAAACUCCCUACAUUGUCCUCAGUGGAAGUGGAAAGAGCAUGAACGCGAAUACCAUUACCAAGUAGAAGCAUCUUAAGAUCAACACAUCCUUGUACAGUGGAUCACGUUUCCCUCCAGCAAAUUAAGUCAAAUCUUCAUGCAGUGGUGUGUGUGUGUGUGUAUAUAUACAGACAUUGUCCUAUUGUUUAAAUCUUAGCCUUUAAAAUUUUCUGUCUCUUUUUUUUCCCCCAUUAAAAGCUUUUGGUUUAAACUGGA